GCCCGCCAUGCGUCUUCAGAGCAGCGAGGUGACCGGCGCGAGGGACUGUCUCUGAGUGACCGCUCUCACCAUGGAGAGUUACAACAACACCACAGAAAGCCAAGACUGGAGCGGGAACGCGACGACAGUUAGCGAAGUUGCUUUGAGUUACCAAAUAAUCGGCUCGCUUUUCCUGGCCGCGUUAAUUCUGUUUGCCAUAUUGGGAAACGCGUGUGUCAUCGCUGCCAUCGCUUUGGAGAGAUCGCUUCAGAAUGUGGCCAACUAUCUCAUCGGCUCCCUGGCCGUCACAGACCUCAUGGUGUCGGUUCUAGUGCUACCCAUGGCAGCCCUGUAUCAGGUUCUGAACAAAUGGACUUUGGGACAGGAGAUGUGUGAUAUAUUCAUCUCUCUAGACGUGUUGUGCUGCACCUCUUCCAUCCUGCACCUGUGCGCAAUCGCUUUGGAUAGAUACUGGGCCAUCACCGAUCCCAUAGACUAUGUGAAUAAAAGGACCCCGAGACGAGCGGCUAUCUUGAUCAGCCUCACUUGGCUAAUAGGAUUUUCCAUUUCCAUUCCUCCCAUGUUGGGCUGGAGGAAACCAGAGGACCGUGCAGAUCCCGACGCGUGCACAAUCAGCCAAGACCACGGGUACACCAUCUACUCAACUUUUGGAGCUUUCUACAUCCCCCUCAUCCUCAUGCUGGUCCUCUACGGGCGGAUAUUCCGAGCGGCGAGGUUUCGCAUAAGGAAAACCGUGAAGAAAACCGAGAAAGCUAAAAUCUCGGACAAAUGCCUGGCGGUGUCUCCGGCGCUGUUCCCGAGGAAAGCGAACGGCGAGGUGAGCAAAACUUGGAGGCGAAGCGUGGAGCCGCAGCCGGGCUCCUGCGUAAACGGAGCGCUGAAACACUCGGACGACGGAGAGUCGUUCGAGAUUACAGAAGUUCAGACCGUCUCCAGAAACCACCUGAGCCUGCCCAACAACCCUCAGCCGUGCUUCGAGAGCAGAAACGAGAAAAACACGGAAGCGAAGCGCAAAGUGGCUCUGGCCAGAGAGCGCAAAACGGUCAAGACUCUGGGAAUCAUUAUGGGCACGUUCAUUUUCUGCUGGCUGCCCUUCUUCAUCGUGGCGCUUGUUUUGCCUUUCUGUCAAGACUGUUUCAUGCCUGAGUGGUUGAGGGCGGUCAUUAACUGGCUCGGAUACUCCAACUCACUUUUGAACCCCAUCAUAUACGCGUACUUUAACAAAGACUUCCAGAACGCAUUCAAGAAGAUCUUGAAAUGCAAAUGUAUUAGACAGUGAACGAUGCUGUUUAACGGAUGCUAAUAUGCAGAUAUUGAUUGUUAAAGAACUGCUCUAAAGGCAUUAAUACGAACGGACCCAGUGCGGGACAGUACAGCACAAGAAGAGGUAGAGCUCUGUCCUUGUGUAUUAGUUAAUCUGUGAAGUCUAUCUGC